UUUGCUAGUAUAUCUUAGAACAGUUACAAGAUGGCGUUAUCAAAUCCGUUUCUUAUAGUUUUGUUGGGCCUUUCCAGCUGCAUGGGUGUCAAGGCUUCUUGUGCUCGGCCAGACUGCAAUGAGAACGUACCCAGCGAUGCUCCGACCUAUUACCAGUUAGCCGACCCAGAAAACUGUCACAAAUUCUACUACUGCUACGACGACGAUGACGCCGACAAGUUGUACGACAUCACCGAUACGUCUUUCUGGUGCCAGGACCACGGCGCCGUCUUCAGCCAGGAAGACCAGCGUUGCGGUAACUACACGUGCGUCGAGUCGUGUUCUGGCGCAUGCACGCCGUACGAAUGCAAAUCAGAUUCCUUACAAACUAAAAGAUCCGACCCGUUCGAUUGCUCGAUUUAUUACACCUGCUCAGACGGUGAAGCGGUGCAAUGCGAAGGCGACAAACCCUUCUUCGACGGGGACCAGUGCCAGGAGGACGAGUCCAAAUGCUGCCACUGCAAACCCUACUGCAGGCAGGAGGAUAUGUUCAAGAACGUCCUAGACCCUGUGGACUGCAAGAGCUACUAUUUCUGCGUAAAGGACCACGACUUCCCCGCAUUCCAAGCCACUUGUCCCAGCGGCAAUUUCAACCCGUUUACCCGCAAGUGCGAUGACGCUUUCCCUUGCAUCCCUGCUUGCAGCAACGUCGUGGGCUGUGACGGUUGCAUCGACAUCUUUACGUGCGAGCAAUAUGGCAACUGGCCCAAGUGUCCUCAGCGAUGCGAUCCUCAUUACUACCACUGCAGAAAUGAAGACUUAGGCCACGUGGUGCAGGAAAGCGCGUGCCCAAGUCCCAGUGUCUACAACCCUGAUACUGGGAAGUGUGUCACUGAGGGAGAGUGCGCCUACGACCCUCCCUCACAGUGCUAGUACAUCGAGUUCCUGUAUCCCAAAUAAAAACGUAAUUCCAGUCACAUAAUGGAGAAAAA